UAAAAUAAUACAACUGAACAUAAGGAAAUUCUCUCCAAGUUUUGAGAAAGUAGAAGCUUGAAAGGGUAAGCCAGAAAGACAAAUGACUGCCUCUGGAAACCUUCUAAUAAUCUUCUCAAGCUUUCUUUUUCUGUUUUUUAUGUUGGCUCUCAUCAAAAUACUUCACAAACUAUGGUGGACUCCUACUCGGAUGCAGUACUUGAUGGGUUUGCAAGGAAUUAAAGGCCCUUCUUACAAAUUCAUCCAUGGAAACACCAAACAUGUAUCCCACAGCAUAUUUCCUAAAGUGCAGCCGCAUAUUGAAUCCUGGAUCAAAAUAUAUGGAAAGAAUUAUCUGCAAUGAUAUGGAACUGUAGCUCAACUGGUUGUCACAGAAUCAGAGCUGAUCAAGGAGAUACUCAGUCAUAAAGAUGGAGCUUUUCCAAAAUUCGACACACCGUUGGUCAAGAAGCUAUUAGGAGAUGGACUUGUGAACAGUGAAGGUGAGAUGUGGGCAAAAUUAAGGAGAUUGGCCAAUCAUGCCUUUCAUGGGGAGAGCUUGAAAGAUAUGACUCCUGCAAUGAUCACUGCGGUUGAGAUUAUGUUGGAAACGUGGAAAUCAUACGAAGGUCAAGAAAUGGAGGUAUAUGAAGAAUUCAGAUUGUUGACUUCUGAUGUGAUUUCCCGAACAGCAUUUGGGAAUAAUUACCAAAAUGGGAAAAACAUUUUCGAAAUGUUGAUGAGGUUUGCCUUGUUAACAUCCAAUAAUACUUAUAAAGUUAGAUUCCCUGGCAUCAGCAAGUUCUUUAAAACCAGUGAUGAGAUUGAAUCAGACAAGCUUGAGAUGGAAAUACGAAACAACAUUAUGAAGAUAAUAAAGGAAAGAGAAGAGAAGGUGAUAAGUGGAAAAGAAAACAGUUUUGGGAAUGAUUUUCUUGGAAUACUUGUAAAGGCUCAUCAUGAUGUCAACGACAACCAGAGGAUUUCAGAGGACAAUUUGGUUGAUAAGUGUAAAACGUUUUAUUUUGGGGGGCAUGAAACCACUAACACUUUACUCGGUUGGACUGUCUUACUUCUAGCAAUCCACACAGAUUGGCAAGAGGAAGUUAGGAAGGAGGUGUUCAAUUUAUUUGGGAAGAAAAAUCCAAAUCCGGAUAGCUUUUCCAAAUUCAAAAAAAUGGGCAUGGUCUUCAAUGAAACUCUGAGAUUAUAUCCUCCUUUAAUCGUUAUGACAAGAAAAGUUCAAAGGGCAGUUAGAUUGGGAAAGCAUAUUCUUCCUGCUAAUAUUUACUUGUAUAUCUCAUCUUUAGCACUUCGCCAUGACCCUGAACUUUGGGGAGAAGAUGUGUAUAAAUUCAAACCAGAGAGAUUCUCAGAAGGGGUCGCUGGAGCUACUAAGAACAAUCCAGCUGCAUUUUUUCCAUUUGGAAUUGGACCUCGAAAUUGUGUGGGUUCCAACUUUGCCAUAACUGAAUCUAAGAUUGCUCUUUCCAUGAUUCUUCAAUGCUAUAGCUUCACUCUUUCGCCAACUUAUGUCCACAUGCCCUAUCAUCAUAUUACAGUCCGUCCACGACAUGGAAUUCAAGUGAUGCUACAGCCACUAUGAAGACUAUAACUCCCAUUAAACCUUGCAGGUUGUGUUCCAAAAAUCUUGUCAUUAUUUAGAGCUUGCUGCCUUCUAGUUAAGGAAAAUUGAGUUGCGAGUUGCCAAGUUACACAUCUUACAUGUCAUUCUUUAUAACUGGCUAAGUUUGUUGAAAAAUCUGUUUGUGACAGUUUUCUUUGUUCUCUUCAAAAUUUGAGUUAGUGGCCAAUGAAUUGGUCAAUAAUACUAAUAAUGUGUAAGCAGAUGUAGUUUGGUUGCUUAAAAAGAGCAAAAAUAAAUUGUUUUCUGUAUGCAA